ACACUAUUCGCGGGAAAAAGCUGUGUAGGUUUCGUUUUUCGGCGCGCUUUGGUGACCCUGUAUUGACACUAUGUCUGUCGACAAUUUUGGAAGCUCGUUAGGAAAUGGUGGCUCUGGAGACAACAAGGAAGUGUUUUUGGACGAAUUAGGAGUGUUCGGAGUAGAGGAAAUCACACCCAGCUGCCUCUCGAAACUGAGCGAGCUGUGUCUCGUUUACGAGUCGGCACCCGAGACGAUCGCGUCAUCGUGGAUUGCUUUCAGCAUUAAGAAGGGCAUCCACGUCGGCGACAUGACUGUGGCACUGCUCGAUCAAAUGGAACAAGAGGUUCUUGCCAAAGACAACUCAAAAUCGUCUGCUAAAACGCCGGUUUCGAGGAAGACUGCACCAAGGAUAUUCACUGCAAACUCAAGCAGCAAUAAUUAUGAUGCUGGUGAUGAAAUCCUGGAAAGCUAUGGUGCCAGCAAAGAGAGCUUGAAGAAGCACCAAAGAACUCCUGAAGUGGCUGCUAGUAAGCGCUUCGUGUCGUCCAGUGGGAGCCCCUCAGUGGUCUUCUCACCUGCAUCGUUCUCUCCAAAAUGUAUAAACCAGUCAGUGAAGUACUCAUCUCGUUCUACCUCAGGGGGUGUUGUUGCACACCUAAAUAACCACGAAAAUCCCGUGUGGACUUGUAGCAGCGACCUCGACGUGCAAGUUGGUCUAGCCUAUACCGGGUCUGUUUGCAAGCCUGACGUCAAGUACAUGUUCGAAAAGCUGAAGGACAAAGCUGGGUGUCUGUGUGACUCGGCCACUGACCUGGCUGAGCACUACCAGAAGGAAGAGAUGGAGGAGAAGGAAGCCUUUGUCAACAUUUCUGAACUCAUUCUGGAGGAGAGCUUUGUCACGGGAAGAGUACUGUGCGAUAGCUGCGGGAAGAUGAAUGCAAGUUCGCUGAUCCUCGAAGGCAGUGAGACCAGCAAUGGCCAGUCGGUCAAGCUGGACGUUUCCAAGUUGACGCAGUACUCUCUAUUUCCUGGUCAGGUUAUUGUUGGAAAAGGGACCAAUCCAACUCAGAAGACCCUCAUCCUAAAGGAGUUGUUUGAUGUUAGAAUGUUGCCGUUUUCUAACCACUCACCAACUCUGAAAGGACCUCUGCAUUUGGUGAUUGCUGCCGGACCAUACACAACGUCUGACACCCUCAGCUUUGAGCCUUUGGCCGACUUCACAGCCUACAUCAUCAAGCAUCAGCCUCACGUCUGCAUUAUGAUGGGACCAUUUGUGGAUAGCCGUCAUGAGUUGAUUCAGAAAGGGAACUUGCCCGAUACAUAUGAAACAAUAUUCCAAAACCAGAUUGAUGCACUGGCUAAUGCGUUACAAAAAACAAGAACGCAAGUUGUAUUGGUGCCCUCUAAUCAAGAUGUACACCACGACUACGUCUUCCCAACACCGCCGUUCAGACUUGGAAAGAAAUACGAGAAAAUCAUCUGCGCCCCUGACCCCUGCCUUCUCGACAUUGGUGGAUACAUUGUUGGGGCCACCAGCGUAGAUGUACUGAUGCAUCUGGGAAGGGAGGAGAUAUCCUGCUCUCCAGAGUUGUCCGAUAGGCUGUCUCGUCUUGCAAAACACAUCCUGACUCAGCAGAGUUUUUACCCUCUCUACCCGCCCUCUGAAGACGUCAACGUUGAUCUGUCUCAUCUUGAUGACAGCGGUCGUCUGACCAUGACUCCCCACCUGUUAGUGCUGCCAUCUGAUCUCAGAGGUUUUGCCAAGGACGUGGAUGGCUGCAUCUGUGUGAACCCUGAGCACCUGACAAAGGGUGUCGUCGGAGGAUGUUUUGCCCGUGUUUUAGUGAAUCCUGUGGACCAGGAGAUGUACACUGGAAGCAUGGCUGCCAAGACUGCAGUUGAAGUAAUCCGGAUAUAAAAAAAAUUGCUCCAUUUUUUUUUUCUUUUUUUUUGCUUAUUAAAACAAAUUUUUACAUUUUUAUAAAUAUAUAUUUUCAUAUAAAACCUGUAAACAUCUUUCUUUAAACUUUUGGAAGAUGGCUGACUCAAAGCUGCCCCCUUCCUGCUUUUGUAAAUACAGUUUUUUUUACAUGCAAUUUGCAUAGACUGCCUGUGCAUGUCUAUGCAUGAACAAGUGGGUCAACUAUUAAUGAAGUUAUGCUCUAGUGUUCAGAGUGUGCAGUGAUUUGCAUU